GGUGGUGGCCAAUGGUGGAGCAGAGUGAGUGAGACCACCACAGUGGCGUGAGGUGUCUGAGCUGCUCCCCCCGGCCUCUCUGUCUGCCUAUACAACUACUCUUCCCUCCGCGUUUCCCAUAACUUGGUUUAGUGAGCUAGGAGCUGUGAGGAGUCAUGUCAGCGAAGGCUAUCAGAGAAGCGACGGGCAAGACCCUGCUCAACAACAACCUUCCCUCCAAUGUUAGCGGCACGUGUCGCUUCGCCUCCAUCUCCCAGGACACGCAGUGGGAGGACCUCGUCACGGAUCAUCCAUGGCUCAAGACUGAGAAGUUGGUGGUGAAGCCCGACCAGCUGAUCAAGCGACGAGGGAAGCUGGGGCUGAUCAAGGUGGGCGUGGACCUGCCCACGGCCCGGGAGUGGGUCCUCCACCGUAUGAACAAGGACCAGCAGGUUGGCAAAACUGUGGGGAAGCUCCGCAACUUCAUCAUUGAACCAUUUUUGCCUCAUGAUCAGAGUGAUGAGGCCUAUGUAUGCAUCUACUCACACCGUCAUGGGGACAUUAUACUUUUCACUCACGAGGGAGGUGUGGACAUUGGUGAUGUGGAUUCCAAGGCUCUUAAGCUUGAGCUGGGAAUUGAAGAGAGACCUUCAGAAACACAAAUUAAAGAGCAGCUUCUUAUACAUGUUAAUGAUUCUAAAAAAGACAAAGCUGCUGCUUUUAUCAAGGCCCUGUAUGAUCUCUACGUUGACCUGUACUUCACAUACCUUGAAAUCAAUCCUCUCGUCAUUACUUCGGAAAAUGUCUACAUCCUGGAUUUAGCUGCUAAGUUGGAUGCCACAGCAGAAUUUAUGUGUAAGGCAAAAUGGGGUGAGAUAGAUUAUCCACCUCCAUUUGGCAGAGAUGCUUUACCUGAGGAAGCUUUUAUUUCGGACUUGGAUUCUAAAAGUGGAGCUUCCCUCAAGUUAACUAUCUUGAAUGAAAAAGGUCGCAUCUGGACUAUGGUUGCCGGUGGAGGAGCUUCAGUUAUUUAUUCUGAUACUAUUUGUGAGCUAGGAGGUGCUGCAGAACUAGCCAACUAUGGUGAAUACUCCGGAGCGCCUUCUGAGCAGCAGACCUAUGAGUAUGCCAAGACCAUUCUGACUCUCAUGACAAAAGAAAACCACCCUGAUGGAAAGGUCCUCAUAAUAGGAGGCGGCAUUGCUAACUUUACUAAUGUAGCGGCAACAUUUAAAGGCAUUGUAAGAGCCUUGCAACAGUUCCAGGCUAAGUUAAUUGAUGGGAAAGUCAGCAUUUUUGUUCGCCGUGCUGGACCAAACUACCAAGAAGGACUUCGUGUUAUGCGUGAAGUGGGGAAAACAUUAGGAAUUCCCGUUAAUGUUUUUGGAAAUGAGACGCACAUGACGGCGAUUGUGUCCAUGGCUCUUGGAAAGAGACCAAUUCCAAAGGAACAAACUGUGGAAUGUCAUACUGCUAACUUCCUUCUUCCAGGUGGUCAAAAUUCAGCAGGUCCUCCUGCAGAGAUCUCAUAUCUGAAGGACAUGUUUCCUACACACAAGAAAUGGCAAUCCCCUCGAACAGAACGUAAAAUGGACUCCAUUAAUAAAGUAGUGACGGGGAAGAGAGAUUCGACUCAACUAUUCCAUAGUGGGACAAAAGCCAUCAUCUGGGGUAUGCAGACACGUGCUGUUCAGGGCAUGUUGGACUUUGACUUUGUGUGUUCACGCCCUGAGCCAUCAGUAGCAGCCAUGGUGUACCCCUUUACUGGUGACCAUAAGCAGAAGUUCUACUGGGGUCACAAAGAAAUACUUGUGCCAGUAUACAAGAGUAUGACAGAUGCUAUGAAAAAACACUCAGAUGCCGAUGUUCUCAUAAAUUUUGCAUCUUUACGUUCUGCAUAUGACUCCACCAUUGAAACUCUGGCUUACCCACAGAUUCGCACAAUUGCCAUCAUUGCUGAAGGCAUACCAGAGAACUUAACUCGAAUCCUGAUCAAGAAAGCUAAUGAGAAGGGAGUGUCCAUCAUUGGACCAGCAACAGUGGGCGGGGUAAAGCCAGGGUGUUUCAAGAUUGGAAAUACUGGAGGCAUGAUGGAUAAUAUUCUUCACUCAAAACUCUACCGACCAGGAAGUGUUGCUUACGUCUCGCGCUCUGGUGGCAUGUCUAAUGAGCUCAACAAUAUCAUCUCUCAUAACACUGAUGGUGUGUAUGAAGGUGUGGCUAUUGGAGGUGACCGUUAUCCUGGCACUACCUUCAUGGAUCAUCUUCUUCGGUAUCAUGACAACCCUGAGGUUAAGAUGCUUGUUCUUCUUGGCGAAGUGGGAGGUAUUGAAGAAUAUGAGGUGUGCCAGGCACUAAAGGAGAAACGUAUUGUCAAACCAAUUGUCGCUUGGUGCAUUGGAACGUGUGCUGGUAUGUUUUCAUCUGAAGUGCAGUUUGGUCAUGCUGGUGCAUGUGCUAAUGCUGAGCGUGAAACUGCUAUAGCAAAGAACCAGGCUCUGGCUGAUUGUGGUGCCCAUGUUCCAGUCAGCUUUGACGAACUUGGAGUAGAAAUUGGUAGUGUAUACCAGCAACUGCUGCUGGAGGGUAUAAUUGUUCCUAAGGAAGAGGUUCCACCCCCAACUGUACCAAUGGACUACAACUGGGCCAGAGAACUUGGUCUGAUUCGUAAACCAGCCUCAUUUAUGACGUCUAUCAGUGAUGAGCGAGGCACAGAGCUCUUGUAUGCUGGCAUGCCCAUAUCUGCCGUCUUAGAGCAAGGUCUUGGCAUUGGUGGGACACUCUCCCUGCUUUGGUUCCAGCGGCGUCUUCCUCAGUACGCAACCACUUUCCUGGAGAUGUGUCUGAUGGUGACUGCUGACCACGGUCCCGCUGUCUCUGGUGCACAUAACACCAUCGUGUGCACUCGAGCUGGGAAAGAUCUGGUGUCCUCAUUGGUAUCUGGAUUGCUAACUAUUGGUGACCGAUUUGGUGGUGCUUUGGAUGGUGCAGCUCGUCAGUUCAGUGAGGCAUUUGACAAAGGUCUACUACCAAUGGAGUUUGUCAAUGAUAUGCGUAAGAAAGGACAACUCAUCAUGGGUAUUGGCCAUAGGGUCAAGUCGAUAAACAAUCCUGAUAAAAGAGUGGAAAUCAUAAAAAAUUUUGUGAAGAAAGAAUUCCCAUCUACUACUCUUCUAGACUAUGCACUUGAGGUUGAAAAGAUUACCACAAGCAAAAAGCCAAAUCUUAUCCUUAAUGUAGAUGGUGUAAUUGGAGUUGCUUUUGUGGAUCUCUUGCGUAACUCUGGCUCUUUCACAUUGGAAGAAGCCGAAGAAUACAUUAAUAUUGGCACCAUCAAUGGCCUGUUUGUUCUCGGUCGAUCGAUGGGCUUCAUUGGUCAUUACUUGGAUCAGAAGCGUCUGAAGCAAGGUCUGUACCGUCACCCAUGGGAUGAUAUCUCCUACGUCAUGCCAGAACACUAUGCUUCCUAAAUUAUAUUUAUGAAUUUGGCUUUUUUCGGGGGAAGGUUUUUCGUGUUAUGGAUCCUUGUCUUGUAGGACAAAGCUAUCCCUAAUGUAUAUUGUCUGUUCCCUGUUAUUAGAGCAUACAUAUUACACAAGAUAAAGAACGCCAUAAAGUAAACCGGACUACAAUAUUGCACAUUCUAGGCACCGUGCGUUGAAUCAUGUACUUCCUGAUUUUAACUGGAUACUGUUCAUAAUUAAGGUUUUCUAUUUUUAUAUUUGAAAUUAAAAAAUUCACCAAUCGGUACUAUAUUUGCAAUAAAAAGUUUAGGAAUUUUGUAUAUUAAAGUAAUUACCUAAUGCCUCAAACUUUCACUAACAUUGUAGUUUUUUUUUUAAUAAUUAGUAGAGCAGGAUACAUUACUGGAUAACAUCCAGAUAUUGAUGAAUUAUAUUUUAGGAUAUUUGGUUUGAUUUUUAGUAAUUUUAAUUGCUUCAUUUUAUUGAUACAUUACCUGGAAAACUUAAUUUUUUUUAACAGAAUACUACCAAUUCGUUGUCAGAACCGUUAAUUCAUGACCACAAUUCCUGCAAAAUUUUAUGUCAUUUUAAUUGUCAUUAGUUUUGUAACUAUGAAUAUUUUUAGUAAUGUUUCCUAUGUUAAUGAAAGAAAUUCUUUGGGGUAGUUUCAAAUUACCAGAUAAUUUAAGAAAUAAGACAAUAUAGAUCUCUACCGUUAUCCAGUCGAGUCAAACUAUGAAAGUCCAUGUUAAACAUUGUUUCACUCCUUAUAAAUUAUGCAUAAUGUUCAUUAAAGGUCUGUAUGCUGGAGCUGGAAUUAGCCUGUCAUUGUACAAUAAAACUGAGAAACGUGAAGCUAACACCCGUUUGAAACCUGGUGAACAGCGAUUAACAUUAUAAUUUAUUAUUUAACUUCAAAAUUAGUCUUUAAUAUAUCUUAUGAUUGCUCAUUUUUCUGUUAAUGUCCUUGUCUUUAAAAGUUUCCUCCAAGUGAGGACAUGAGACUUGGUGUUUAAACUUGGAUAACAUUGAUGUCGUGCGCUGCCAAGCAUCACCCCGGUAAAUGCCAACAGUUUCUCUGGAUAAAUCCUAAGUUUAGAGAUUGGAAAUGGAUUUUAGAUUUGCAUACAAUAUUAGUACUAUACAGGUAUUGUAUUUUAAAGUGUUGAUAUUAUUUUAUUGAAUAGUUAGUUCUGGUGAAUCUAUUGAUGUUGCACAUGUUGGUUAGGUCUGCACUCAAAUCCCUCCAGUCAGUGCUUUAGACAAAGUGUUAUUUUGUCUGUGAAGACAAUUCCUGUCUGAGUAAUGUAAGAAUGUUUCACAUUUAAAUUAUUUUUGUUUUUUUCUAUGAUUAUGCAUCUUACUGGUCAUGUUUUGGUAAUCAGUGUUAUAAUUGGAGAAAGCAUCUCUUGCCUCUUUAAAAUGUAAUUACUUUUAUUACUGAUAAGUUACUGAUUCACAUGUAAUUAAUAAGAUAUAUUUAUUCACUGUGGUAAAAUUAGUGGUCUUUUGAACAAAGUAUAAAUUAAAUUUGUUAAUUUUAUUUUACUUGAUUGACUUUUUUUUCUUUUAAACUGUUAGUCUUAGGUUACAAAAGUAAAAAUAUUAGAACAGUGGAUGAAAGUUUCCAGAAUUUGGUGAACAUUAGAGAUUCAUGGAUAUUGGUAAUCUUUCUUAGUUAAAUAUGUAAAGGAAUUCCCUUUUUGAAUACAUUUGUUGGAAAUAGUUAUUGUCUAGUUGCUGGAGGUUAUAAUGUAGAGGUGGAUGUGUUACGAUAAGUCCUGAUAGAAGUAAUCCCGCUAUGGUGUAAAUCUGUGAUUUAAUUUUUCUGGUGCUGGAUUUGUGUUUGUAUUUUAACCGUAUCUUGAAAUUUUCAUCCAAAUACAUUCCAUAUUUAUAUUGGUGUUAUGGUUGUGUGCACUGGAAUUAUUGUAAUAGGUACAAUAAAUAAUUUUAGUUUUGUAGGGA